AUGCUGAAGUCUGCUUGUGUUCUGCUCUUGUGCCUCGCACUUGCCAAUGCCUACUAUGGCAAAGGCGGUAAAGGGGGUCGAGGAAAUGGCGGCAAUGGCAAAGGCGGCUAUGGAAGUGGAUAUGGCGGCAUGAGCAGUUAUGGCAACAACGGCGGCUAUGGCGGUUAUGGCAACAACGGAGGCUAUGGCAACGGCGGCGGCUAUGGCGGCAAGGGCAACGAUGGCGGCUAUGGAGGCUAUGGCAACGGCGGCGGCUAUGGCGGUUAUGGCAACAACGGAGGCUAUGGCAACGGCGGCGGCUAUGGCGGCAAGGGCAACAAUGGCGGCUAUGGAGGCUAUGGCAACAACGGCGGCUAUGGCGGCAAGGGCAACAACGGCGGUGGCUAUGGCGGUUAUGGCAACAAUGGAGGCUAUGGCAACGGCGGCGGCUAUGGCGGCAAGGGCAACAAUGGCGGCUAUGGAGGCUAUGGCAACGGCGGUGGCUAUGGCGGCAAGGGCAACAAUGGCGGCUAUGGAGGCUAUGGCAACAACGGCGGCUAUGGCGGUUAUGGCAACAACGGAGGCUAUGGAGGCUAUGGCAACGGCGGUGGCUAUGGCGGCAAGGGCAACAACGGAGGCUAUGGAGGCUAUGGCAACAACGGCGGCUAUGGCAACAAUGGAGGCUAUGGCGGCUAUGGCAAGAACGGAGGCAAUGGAGGCUAUGGCAGCAUGGGUGGUUACGGAGGCUAUGGCAACAACGGUGGAUAUGGCGGCAAGGGCAGCUCUGGCGGUUAUGGAGGCUAUGGCAACAACGGAGGUUAUGGCGGAUAUGGCAACAACGGAGGCUAUGGAGGCUAUGGCAACAAUGGAGGCUAUGGAGGCUAUGGCAACAAUGGAGGCUAUGGAGGCUAUGGCAACAACGGUGGCUAUGGCGGCAAGGGCAACAACGGUGGCUAUGGAGGCUAUGGCAACAACGGAGGCUAUGGAGGCUAUGGCAAUGGUGGUGGCUCUGGCGGCAAGGGUGGCUAUGGCGGAAAAUAUGGAAAAUAUUAA